UGAUUUCCAAAUUUGCCCCUUGAAAAAUCACAUAUUACAGGAGAGGGUUCUCCCUCCUGACCUCUAAAAUGCAAAACCCCUAACACUCCACCAAAAACCUUUACUCCACCAAAUGUUGCCGGCGUCUCAUCUCAUCUCUCACGGCGUCCCCGCUGGUCAUGGAACACCAGAAGGCAGGUGCCUAAGGGCAUUCACUGUAUCUCCAUGUUCUUUUUGCAACAACAAUAAAAGGUUCCCACAAGUCAAAAUCGUACCUUCUGGAAACUUGACUUGUGCUUCAAGGGGUACCACGUCUUUCAUUUGCAACGCAAAUUCUAGCGGUCAAAGAAGAAACCCAGAUUUUUCAAGGCAAAAUAGACAAGGCUAUUCAAGAAACAAGAAUAGAAACCACGAAGAUCGAGAUGCCAUUGACGGUUUCGAAGACUCUGAAGUUUUCUCUUCAAAAAACGGCCAGUCUUUUCUUUCCAGUUCUCCCCCGAAAUUCCAAUCCACCGCAGCUCCCGGGCCUAGAGAGAGAGAAAUUGUGGAAAUAUUCAGAAAAGUCCAGGCACAACUAAGAGAACGGGCUGCACAAAAGGAAGAGAAAAAGGUUGAAGAUUCGCAAGGACACAAUAAACAGAACGAGACCGUAGAUUCUCUUUUGAAACUCUUGAGAAAACACUCCGUCCAACACGGAAAAAGCACAACCACGAGCCGAAACAAUAGAGAUUUUGUCUUAGACAACCAGCCCGAACAGAACAAUUCGUUUCUAGAAGAUAAAAGUCCGAAAGACUCGAAUAACCGGGUCAAACAUGAGGUCCAAGCCACUGAAGCCCAAUCUGUAAGACCCGUAUCAAAUUUCCAAAAGAGGUCUCCGGUUUCUGGAUUCAAAUACAGGCCACUUUUGACCGGCGAAGAGUCUUUCACCCCUGGACCAUCGAAAAGGAAAGAGCCUGAGGCUGAGCCAACACCUGAGGUCAAAAUCAAGACUGUGUCUGAGCCAGAGGUCGAAAACGAAGCCUUUGUCGGGUUUGAUGAAGGUUCAGAUGAUGACAUUGAAGAGAUUGCUGAUGAGGUUGAUGACUCGGAAGAAGCAAAUGUGAUUGAAGAUAAGGAUCUGAGCAGCAUGAAGUUGGUUGAGUUAAGGGAAGUGGCUAAAUCUAGAGGCAUAAAGGGGUUUUCUAAGCUGAAAAAAGCCGAGUUAUUGGAGUUGCUGACUAGUUGAGAGUUUAUCAUAGAAUUCAAGUUGUUUUGAUCUUUCUAAAUUUGUGAUAUUACUAUCUUUUCGGUAUGUGUUACCGAGUUGGGUUUGUUUGAUAUGGUUGGAAUGUUUUUGAGUUAAUUACCAUGGAUGAUGGAUGUGCCAAGAACUAGACAGCUGGUUAGAGAUAUUUUGUUGAAUUUGAAUUUUUGUAGUUGAGUAAA